AUGUCUGGAGACGAAGCUCCCUCGCUCUUUGAGCGCAUCACCCUCCCUUCCAUUCCCAAGGAAGUUGGUCGCAAAAUCUCCCAGCUCGAGCAGGAAUUUGUGCGUGCUGAGAUUGAGCAGUUGCGUAAACAAAUCCCAGUCUUGCGCCCCCUCUACGCCAGACGAAAUGCCUUGGUUGCCUCCAAAGAGCUGCAGGAAGCCGAUUUCUGGCCCCGCGUCUUCGCCAACGCACCCCAGGAAAUCGACGAGUACAUCCUUGCCACUGACGCCGCCGUUAUUGGCCAAUGCCUCAAGAACUUGACCGUUGAGCGUUGUGACGUCGACGAGAACGGCAACGGCGGUGACCCUCGUAGCGUGCGUUUCACCUUUGACUUUGCCACGGGUGAGGAGAACCCUUACUUCACCGACGCCCAGCUCGUCAAGGAAUUCCACUACCGCACCAAGGUCACCAAGACCCCCAAGGGCAAGCGCCACGUCUGGGAGGGAUACGUUUCCACUCCCGUGCGCAUCAACUGGAAGAAAGACCAGGAUUUGACCAAGGGCUUGUUGGAUGCUGCGUGCGACUUGUACGAGGCCGAACAAAAGAAGGGUGCUGGUGUUGACCGUACCACUUUGCCCGAGUUUGAGAAGCUCGUCACCAAGCUUGGAGAGGCCGAGGCUGACGCUCUUGUCGGCGAUGAUGACGAGGAAGCCGAUGAUGAGAAUGUUCCCAGCGGCGUGAGCUUUUUCAAUUGGUUUGGAUACCGCGGAAACUCCGUCACUGCCGAGGAGUCUGCCAAGGCCGACAAGGAGGAGGCUGAGCGCUGGCAAAAGAUUGAGAAUGGCGAGAAGGUUGAUGAUGAUGAGGACGAUGAAGAUGAUGAUGAUGACGACGAGGAUGAUGAUGACAUUGAUGAAGACGAGGAGAGCCUUUCCACUGUUGAGAUUUUCCCUGCUGCUGAUGAUAUCGCCGUCACUUUGGCAGAGGAGGUUUGGCCCAAUGCUCUCAAAUACUAUGUCCAAUCAUACGAGGUUGCCGAUGACUUUGACGACGAGAUGGACAUUGAAGAAUUUGACGACGACGAAGAUGACGAGGAGGAGGAGGAUGAGGAGGACGGUGAAGACCGUCCAGCCAAGAAGGUCAAGACCUAG